AUGUGCAGCCACUCACUGUACCUUCGAAGUGCUCGUGAUGUCGGUGCAUCAGAGGGGUCAGUGCCCGUUGGCUCCGCCCAAGCUGUCCGUGAUUACGUCGCCUACCUCCAGUACAGCGAGUUCCGCAGGAAACUCGCUACGGAGUUGGCAACACUCAAUGCCGCGACACCCUCUGAGACCACGAGGUCUCCUCUACCGGCAGUGGCUGCCCUAGCCGGAGUUCCGCACGCUGAACAUAGUGUACGAGGAGAUGGAGGAGGAGAGGUAUACGAUGUGGCGCAGUCUUGGUUACUUCCAUGGGAUGAGGAUGAUGUAGGCCACGACGGCGCUUAUGGCUACGGUGUACAGCCCCUCGACUGCGAUCGCGCCUACGCGUGCCACGCGAGCCGACCGCAGAACUGGUUCACCGCGGCGGAACUGUCUUCUUUUCGCGGGAGAACUCUUUCAGAGGAGGAGGCGCUUACAGGGAUGGGCGAUGGUCGUCACGGACGGUCACCUGUAGCGGCAACAGCGUCGCCAAUGUCGGCCGCUGCAAGCGCACCGAUGCUUCCGUCUUCUACUGCCGCUCUUCCACUGUCGCCGCUUCCUCCUGCCGUGACCCUAGCGGACGCACCAGAGAGCGCGCUCCACCUACAUCGCUCGCCUCAGCUAUUGGCUGCUACGGAUUCCUCUCUGUCGUCCUCUUCUGACUCUUUUUCAUCUUCCGUGUCAACAGCGUCUCUGGAGGCCUAUGAGAGCGCGGCGCGAGCCACCAGUGGCGUUGGUGGCGCUCCCCACGACCGGCGCCAACGGAGGUAUCUUGGCGAGGAGCUGGGCUACGGUGAGUUCGUGGCCUUAGGAGACUCGGAGGGGCUAUUUUUUAUCGAGCACGUGUUGCUAGCGCACGAGCCGGUGCGAGGUGCGACCCCUGCGCCGACGGCGGGGGCGCGGUGGACGGAUGACGCCUCAGAGAAGGUGACUGAGGACAGCGAGCACGGUUUGACGUCGCAGAGCUCACAAGGUGCCCACUUCGCUCCAGCAGCAUCACAGAAGGCGACGGCAGCUACGGCCGCGACUUCUGAGGCGUCGUUCCCGUCGCACGCUGACCCGAUCGUCACACUAACGGUGCGGCAGCAGUGUCGCCUGCUGGAACUCAUCUCUGUUGCCGAUUUUAUGGGCACUCAGUCCCUGGUGGAGCUUUGUGCGACGUACCUGGCAACAUGGUUGAUGGAUCACACGGACGAAGAAAUCGUUCAGUCCUUCCUCACGACGGUAGGCCUGAGUUGUGCUGCAGCUGCUACAGAGGCAUCCGUCAGGGUCACGGGUGCUGCAUCCUACAACGAGCCUUGGAUUGCGGCAGCUCUGAGAGACGACGUCGCGCCCGAGAAGUCUGGCAGGGAUGCCAACGUGCCGUUGCCGUCUGUAGGCGUUUCAUCCACGUCUGGGGUGGGCAAGUCGCGCACGGAGACGGCGACAACUGCUGCUAAGAAGCGCCACGCUACCAUAACGGCAGCCGCGCCAAAACACGCGGGUAAACAAAAGGGCCACCGCGCCGCUUCAAUGGACGUAACCGCUGCGGAGCCGUCGAAUUGCGAUGAAGGCGCUAGGGCCUCCUCCACCGUGUUGACCGCCGGUGACCCCGCAUGCGCGCCACUUCUGCUGACAGGCGAUCAAAGACUAGCGCUCCUGCGGCAGAUGAAGCGUGACAACUCCAUUAUUGUGUCUCCCUAUUGA